GAUGAGUCAGGGCCGGUACACACCAGCCCGGAGCCGGCCGGACGCAAGCGGGAGGUCGGCGGUCAAGCCUGCACCAGCCAGAGCGACGUGAAGAUGCAGUCCGCUCUGAUAAGCUGGAGAGUGGGACGACCGCUGCUGAGGCUGAGGGGCCGAAGCUCGCGGCCCAGUACGCUCCUGGGGCAGCCCCGGCCUGCUCCCGCCCCGAGACCCUAUGCCAGCGGGGCCGCUCAAGCCGUUCUGGACAAGCCAGAUUCCCUCUCUGACGCUUCCACUAGAGAAAAAGCACCUGAGUCUAAAUCCUUUGCUGUGGGGAUGUUCAAAGGCCAGCUCACCACUGAUCAGGUGUUUCCAUACCCGUCUGUGCUCAAUGAAGAACAGACACAGUUUCUCAAAGAGCUGGUAGGGCCUGUGGCCCGAUUCUUUGAGGAGGUGAAUGAUCCUGCGAAGAAUGACACCCUGGAACGUGUGGAGGAGACUACUUUGCAGGGCCUCAAGGAAUUAGGGGCAUUUGGUCUGCAAGUGCCCAGUGAGCUGGGUGGUGUGGGCCUGUGCAACACCCAGUAUGCUCGCUUGGCAGAGAUCGUGGGCAUGCAUGACCUUGGAGUGGGCGUUACCCUGGGGGCUCAUCAGAGCAUCGGCUUCAAAGGCAUCCUGCUCUUUGGCACAAAGGCCCAGAAAGAAAAAUACCUCCCCAAAGUGGCAUCUGGGGAGGCUUUGGCUGCUUUCUGUCUAACUGAGCCCUCAAGUGGGUCAGACGCAGCCUCCAUCCGAAGCUCAGCUGUACCCAGCCCCUGUGGAAAAUAUUAUACCCUCAAUGGAAGCAAGAUUUGGAUCAGUAAUGGGGGCCUGGCAGACAUUUUCACCGUCUUUGCCAGAACACCAGUUAAAGAUGCCACAGGAGCCAUGAAAGAGAAGAUCACAGCUUUUGUAGUAGAAAGGAGCUUCGGAGGUGUUACCCAUGGGCCUCCUGAGAAGAAGAUGGGCAUCAAAGCAUCGAACACAGCAGAAGUAAACUUUGAUGGAGUGCAGGUACCCUCAGAGAAUGUGCUAGGAAAGGUGGGGGACGGCUUCAAGGUUGCUGUGCACAUCCUCAACAAUGGACGAUUUGGCAUGGCUGCAACCCUUGCAGGCACUAUGAAAGCCAUCAUUGCCAAGGCAGUUGACCAUGCUGCUAAUCGUACCCAGUUUGGGGACAAAAUCUACAACUUUGGGCUGAUCCAGGAAAAGCUGGCCCGGAUGGCUAUGUUGCAGUAUGUGACUGAGUCCAUGGCUUACAUGCUGAGUGCCAACAUGGACCAAGGAUCCACAGACUUCCAGAUAGAGGCUGCCAUCAGCAAAAUCUUUGGUUCGGAAGCAGCCUGGAAGGUGACAGACGAAUGCAUCCAAAUCAUGGGAGGCAUGGGCUUCAUGAAGGAACCUGGGAUAGAGCGUGUGCUUCGAGACACUCGCAUUUUCCGGAUCUUUGAAGGGACAAAUGACAUUCUUCGGCUAUUUGUGGCUCUUCAAGGCUGUAUGGACAAAGGAAAGGAACUCUCUGGGCUUGGCAAUGCCCUGAAGAAUCCUCUUGGAAACGUUGGCCUCCUGCUAGGAGAGGCAGGGAAACAGCUGAAGCGACGGACAGGGAUGGGCAGUGGCCUGAGCCUUGAAGGAAUUGUCCACCCAGAGUUAAGUCGGAGCGGUAAAAUGGCAGUACAGGCUCUGGAGCAGUUUGCCACUGUAGUGGAAGCCAAGCUGAUAAAGCACAAGAAGGGGAUUGUCAAUGAGCAGUUCCUGCUGCAGCGCCUGGCAGAUGGAGCCAUUGACCUCUAUGCCAUGGUGGUGGUUCUUUCCAGAGCUUCAAGAUCCCUGAGUGAGGGCCACCCCACAUCCCAGCAUGAGAAAAUGCUCUGUGAUAGCUGGUGUAUUGAGGCUGCAGCCCGGAUCCAAGAAAGCAUGACUGCCCUGCAAUCUGACCCUCUGCAGCAGGAGCUCUUCCGUAACUUCAAAAGUAUCUCCAAGGCUAUGGUAGAGCGUGGUGGCAUGGUCACCAGCAAUCCUCUUGGCUUCUGAAUAUUCUCAACCAGGCCUGGUCUAGUUACGUGCCUUCUCUCAAGCCAAAACAUAGGCCUCCUUUGUGGAGGCCCUAGUUUGUCCUGUAGCGGACUUUGUGCUCCCAGUGUCUGUGCUUGCUCUCAGGAGUACUUACUGCCUCAAGGAUAAACUUUCUAUCAAGUCA